AUGGCGUGCGCCCGCGCGAUGGCGCUCCUAUGCUCCGCGGCGCUGCUGGCGGCGCUCUUACUGCCAGCGGCGGCGGCCCAACAGCAGGCCCAGGCCGACGAUGACGACGCCGACAGUGACGUCCGACCAUGGGCACUACCGCAGCGUAUGGACGACGACGAGGACGACGAUGGCGGGCGUCCGGCGCCGGCGCCAGCACCUGCGCCGCCGAAACCCGGGAGCGGCGGUGGCGGAGGCGGAGGCGGAGGCGCCCAAGACCCACUCGUGAUCGAUACAACCAAGGGCCGCGUAAGAGGAAAAACGCUGACGGCGGCCACGGGAAAAAAGGUGGACGCCUGGCUCGGCAUUCCUUACGGACAACCGCCUGUGGGCGAAUACAGGUUUCGACACCCACGGCCCGUGGAUCGGUGGUCAGGCAUUAAGGAUGCUUACGAGCUGCCUCCGUCUUGUCCCCAGAUCACGGAUGACGCUUAUCCGGGCUUCCCUGGGUCCGAAAUGUGGAACCCGAACACGAACCAGAGCGAGGACUGCCUGUACUUGAGCAUUUGGACGCCGAAACCCAGGCCGAAAAACUCCCCGGUCAUGGUCUGGAUCUACGGCGGCGGGUUCUACUCUGGAACGUCGACGCUUGAGGUGUAUGAUCCCAAGAUCCUCGUUGCCGAGGAAAACAUGAUCGUGGCCUCGAUACAGUACCGGGUUGCGUCUCUCGGGUUCCUCUAUUUCGACGUACCCGACGCCCCUGGCAACGCUGGGUUGUUCGACCAGCGCAUGGCCCUGGAGUGGAUCCACGACAACAUAGCAGCCUUCGGGGGCAACCCGGAAAACAUCACCUUGUUCGGGGAAUCCGCGGGUGCUGUGUCCAUAUCCCUUCAUCUCCUCUCGCCUCUCAGGUGGGCCACUUUGCACAUCAUGUCUGCUGGUAUACGGAUUUAA